CUGCCCGCUGCUGGGAGCAGGACACAAUCCACAACAUGCGCCGUUAAGUGUGGAUGGAGGGCCUGUUUAUUGCUCUGUUCGUUUUUGCUGUGCUUGUUUUGUGUUUUGCAUCGUUUCACAACCAGAAGAUGCCAGAGACCCUGCGUACAGAAGAGGAGGAUGAAGAAGAAGAAGAGGGGCAGCGCAGAACUCAGCAGGACAGAGUUCAGACAACAGAUCCAACAGCAAGAACCAAAGCAAAUCCUCCGCCCCACAGCCAAGGUCCUCUGUCUUCGCUACGAGCUGCUAUCAAGAGAACAAGAUCAAACUCUCAAGGUGACAACAGAACAGAGAGGAGGCGACCAAACAUCACCAUCGUCUCGGUCGAACCUCUGGCCAGAAACACCUGGUUCACCGGAGGCCCCGUCGUUUUCCCGCCUCAAGCCGGCUGGUCCACUGGCGUCCAGACUGUCUCACAGCCCCCACCAUCCUAUGACCAGGUGAUUAAAGAGAAAACGCGGACAGAUCACCCGGCCAAGCCCACUGCCGCCCCACGCCAGAACCUCUGCGAGGCUGCGGGUGGAGCAGAUACUGACCCGGUUAGGAAAGAGAGUGAUUCACACUGCGGCGCCACCUCAUCACACGCAGAGCGACGCCCUGCAGCUAAAAAGCCCCAGAAGCCUCCAAGGUCUUCAGUGCCUAAAGCAUCGGACGGAACCAGAGGCGUCAAGGUUGUAACAAGAACCCCAGAACCCACAAACAGGCCUACAGAGGGUUCUAACUGUGACCCGGACCUAAGGGGGUUUGAGAAGGCCGGCUCCCGUCAUACGAGCGUCAGAUCUGUGACUGUCCACUGGAACGCUCCUGCAAAUCACCGAGCCGAUGUUUCUGUUGAACCUGCUGCUCCAAAGCUAGAGAACACCCAGAGACCAGUCCCACGUCCCCGGACAAAACUGCCCAACAAGCCGAGAACAGAGGAGGACCAGGAUUUGAUCGGACUCGGAGAAGACUGCGACACAUUUCAGUCUCAUUCGCCAGAAGUUCCCACCAAUAAGUACCUAGAGGAACUGCUGGAGGUCUUUGUAGAACGUGACGAGUGUGAGGACGGCAGAUGCUUCACUGACCAAUCGUGUGAUAAGUUGCUGGAUGACGAUGCUGUCGCAGAAAUGAGCGCCAACCACAAUCGUCACAACAUCAGUGCCAGGAUCCGGGCGUUUGAGAGCCAAGCUGGCGCCGAAGAGGCAAAUGGAUCCCAACAAGCCACGCCUGGUCUUCCACCGAGGAGGGCCAGCUACAAACCCCCGGUUGCUUCCAAACCUUCCGUAGCGCUUAAACCCAAAGAUAGAAAUGACCCGGGUCAAAAUACGACGGCUUCACAGAACCAAGAACCGGCCCCCAGACCCAAGCCUCCAAUAAAACCAGCGAGGCAGUCUGUGAGAGAGGAGCUGGAGGCUUUACACAGCAGGGGGGGUCUGCCGCACAGACCGCCACCGUUUGGGUUGACCAGAACCAACAGCAUUCACGAAGAGGAACCGGGGGCAACGGUCCCGCCCGUACCUCCGGGGAAGCCGUUCAAAGAGCCGCUCACACCCAACCUGAACAUAAACAACCACAACUCGCACACAGAGAACAAGACUGUGGACGGCCCAUGCAAGAAAGUGCCGCUGGUACCUCAGUAUAGUUUGGACGGCAGCGGAGGAGCUGCCAGAAGACAAAGUACGGGGAGACGACCGACCACCAUCAGGGUUCCUAGCAAGGCUGCGUCGCUGGAAGAUAACUUCGAGGAUGACGCCGCUCCUCCUCUUCCAGCGAGGAAGCCCAUAGGCUCCAUGAAAUCCCCCGUGAGCUAUAAGCAAAGCCCUACACGCUCAAAGUCAGUUCAGAGCAAUUUUAGCACAGGACCAGAGCCGCCGCUUCCACCCAGGAAGCCCGGUGGGAACCAUAACCUCCCGCCCCGCCCUCCUCCAGCCAAAACAGGCCCUGGAAGACCCCCCGCACCCAGCCUUCAGGCAGCCGGUCGAUCUCAGUCCGCACCCCAGUGGCCCUCACCCAAACCCCCGCCGAAGCUCCAGGCGCAGAAGCCCACCAAGAAAGGACUGGUGUUGCCUCCGAGGCCCAGUCCAGGUCACCGUCUGUACAACGAUUACGUGCUUCCACUCCCCCACGGGAUCGCUACUGAGGACUUUGAUGGGAGCAGCACGGGGGAGCCGACGCUACAGAAAAAUGAAGUCCUCCUGCUUCUGGAAAAGGUCAACAACAAUGAAUUUGAGUGCAAGAUUGGAGACGUCACAGGCAGAGUCCACAAGUCUCGGAUGAAAAUCAUAACUCCUCUGGAUUCUGACUGGUCUUGCCUGCAGGACGCAGAGGCCACUGCAUCUGGUGGAGGCAGUGGUGAGCUAAAGGUGAAGGCUUUGUAUGAUUUUGAUCCAGAAGGUCCAGGGGAGCUGAAGCUCAGUGCAGGAGAUGUUGUGACCAGGGUGGAGAAGGUGGACAACCAGUGGUACAGAGGCACCUGUAAAGGAUCUGCAGGUUUCUUUCCCAUCAAUUAUGUUCAAGUUCUGUCACAUUCACCAAAACCUUUACCCGAGAAGAAGGCAAAGAAAGAAGCUGCCUCUGUCAGCGGUCCGAGGUGUGUGGCCAGGUUCGAGUUUGAAGGGGAGCACAGCGACGAGCUGUCGUUCCUGGAGGGGGACGUGAUCCAGCUGAAGGAGUACGUGGGAGAGGACUGGGCUCGGGGCAAGGUCGGCAACUCCGUCGGCAUCUUCCCGCUGAACUUUGUGGAGAUCGUCGAGGAUCUGCCUCCGCCCCCCAAUCAGCAGCUGGCGGCUAGGGUGGCGCUGCCUGGCCUCGCGGUUCCUUCUCCCAUUGCCCAGCCAGCACCAGCCACACCUGCUCAGGCGGCCUCGUCCGGCGUGGAGUGGGUGGUGGCCGUGUACGACUACGCGGCCAAGACCCAAGACGAGCUUUCGUUCCAAAAGGACGACUGCAUUCUGAUCACCGAGCACCUGAACGAGGAGUGGAGCUGCGGCAGACUCAACGGCAGAGAGGGCGUGUUCCCCAGGGGUUUCACCGAGCCCUCGGGGAUGCAGCAGGGUAGCAGCCUGCAGGAUGGAGAUGCUGGCGGCGUGAGGGGAAAGGCUCUUUAUGACUUUACGUCCGAAUGUGAGGAGGAGCUCUCGCUAAAGGCCGGGGACAUCGUUACCAACCUGGAGUCCGUUGACGAUGAAUGGUUCCUGGCGGACUUGAGGGGAAAACGAGCCCUUGUCCCUAAAAACUAUGUGCAAGUCCUUGACUGAUGGCCACCGUGCUGCAGCUCAGGACAACACUGAUGGGAAACUGGUGUACAUUUAAUGUUUGGGAAAGCAUUGAAACUAAAACAGUAUUUAAAGUUGUGCAACUAUUCUCCUUUUAAAUUGUUUAUUAAACUUUGUCAUGUAUAACUAUUAAAGAUGUUUUCCAAAAAGUUCCUGUCUAUUCUGGUUUGAACUGAACACUUGCACCACCUACUGGUUCU